AUGUCAUUCAGCUACAACGCUGGGGCCAGCGCGUGCGAGAAGGGCGAGCAGUGGCAGCGGGCUCUUCGGCUGCUGAUCGAGAUGCGGGAUUCAAAGCUGGAGCCCGACUCAGCUACAAUGCUGGGAUCAACGCGUGCGGGAAGGGCGAGCAGUGGCAGCGGGCUCUGGCGUUGCUCGGCGAGAUGCGGAAGGCGAAGUUGGAGCCCACCUCACUUACAAUUCGUGUGCCAGCGUGUGCGAGAAGGGCGGGCAGUGGCAGAAGGCGCUGGCGCUGCUCAGCGAGAUGUUGAAGGCGAAGCUGGAGCCCGACUCAGCUACAGCGCUGUGAUCAGCGCGUGCGCGAAGGGCGAGCAGUGGCAGCGGUCUCUGGCGCUGCUCAGCGAGAUGUGGGAGGCGAAGCUGGGGCCCAACUAA